AUGGCCUUUUCCUGGAAAGCCGCUGGUAUUAGUUACCUCAAAUAUACCCAGAUCUGUGCUCGUGCGGUUCGAAAUGCACUUAAAGACGAACAGCGGUUGAUAGCACAAAGACGGGACGAGCAAGGAAUCAAAUUCGCUAAAUGGGAUGGUGAAACUAAUUAA